AUGGCGCCUGCUACUCUCACCGAAGCGGAAAGGAGAGCAAACCACAUCAUCUCUCUACCCAAGCCUCCUCGAGCCUCCUCUUCCACCGAGAAUGUCGACCCGCAGGCAAUUGCCCAACAAUGGCUCACCAAGCUUGAAGCCACUCUUUCGUCGGGCUUAGGGGUCGACCAGAUCAACAGCCUAUUCCAUGAUGACUCCUACUGGCGUGAUCACAUCGCUCUACAAUGGGACUUUCGUACCAUCCGCUAUGCCACGAACAUAGCCUCUUUCCUCCAGAAACAUCAGCCCCUUGCCCAGAUAUCCAAUUUCUCCUUGCAGACAGAGGGGAAAUAUAUGCCCCAUAUCGACAGUCCGGAAAAUGGUGUACCCGGAAUCGACUUUGUGGCCUCCAUGUUCCAUUUCGAGACCAAGAUAGGGCGUGGAUCGGGGAUAUUGCGGUUAACGUUGGAUGACGAUGGGAAGAAUUGGAAGGCGUAUGUAGUGUACACAUCUUUGCAGGAGUUGAAGGGUGUUGAGGAACCCCUUGGUCCUAGGAGGGUGUAUGGAACGCUGGAUAGUAUGCCAAAUGGCUCCGCUGGAGGGACUUGGAAGGAGAGGAGGGAGAAAGAAAUGAAGUUCGAGGGAGGCGUGGAACCAACUGUCCUGAUUGUUGGUGCUGGGCAAGCGGGAUUGAAUCUUGGAGCUCGUCUUCAGUCUCUUAAAGUGUCGACUCUGCUUGUGGAUCGUCAUGAACGAAUAGGAGACAACUGGCGAAAGAGAUAUCGAACAUUAACAACCCACGACCCUGUUGAAUUCACACAUAUGGCCUAUCUUCCUUUUCCCAAGAACUGGCCCCAAUUUACACCCAAGGACAAGCUCGGCGACUGGUUCGAAGCCUACGCCAGUCUCAUGGAACUCAACGUCUGGACAAACACAUGCGUCACCUCUGCCAGCUACGACGACCACACGUCUACCUGGACGGUCACGGUCCGUAGGCCAGAUGGCUUCAUACGCACUUUACAUCCUAAGCAUGUAGUCUUCGCAACUGGGCAUUCCGGUGAGCCUAAGAUUCCCUCUUUCCCAGGACAAGAGGUUUUCCAAGGAACCAUAUAUCAUGGCUCCCAGCACAAAGAUGCGUCCGAGUAUGAUGUGCGAGGAAAGAAAGUCAUUGUUGUCGGUACUGGUAAUAGUGGACACGAUAUUGCCGAAAACUUCUACGAGAAUGGCGCAGAGGUCACGAUGCUACAGAGACGAGGGACAUAUGUGAUUUCCGUUGACAAGGGAGUAUUUAUGCUGCAUGAGGGGAAACAUGAUGAAUGGGGACCGCCAACCGAACAAGUCGAUAUAUGGGCCGAAUCACUCCCGUACCAAGUUGCAUUCGCAUUCGACGUGUACCUUACACGUCGAAUCUCCGAGGUAGACAAACCCAUGCUCGAUGGCUUGGCCAGGGCAGGUUUCGACGUCUACAAGGGCAUUGACGAGAGCGGCAUUUUCCGUCAAUACAUGACGCGCGGAGGCGGCUACUAUAUCGACGUCGGGUGUAGCUCCCUGAUUGCCGAGGGGAAAAUCAAGGUACACACGUCAGCCAAUGGCGUCAAGGAAUGUACACCACAUGGCCUGAUUCUGGCAGAUGGCACAGAGUUGCCGGCAGAUAUGGUGGUGCUGGCGACAGGCUACGACAACAUGCGCACGACGGUCCGGAAAGUGCUUGGUGAUCAAGUGGCAGAUCGGUGCAAGGAUGUUUGGGAUCUGGACGAGGAAGGCGAGCUGAGAGGUGUGUGGCGUCCGUCAGGGCAUCCCAACUUCUGGUAUAUGGGAGGCAACCUGGCCUUAUGCCGAAUUUACUCCAAAUUCCUGGCGUUGCAGAUUAAAGCUGCCGAAGCAGGGCUUGUUCCAAAGAGCGAAUAA